AUGUCUCAGGAUACUCACUCCCAACACUCAGGUAGAUUGAUUGAUCAUCCAAACCAAGUCCCAAACAUGGAAAACCCAGAUUCUCGAAUAAGACUGAAAGCAAAAGCCCUCUGGGAUUCCUGAAUCCUAAAAGCUCAGAGAAUAGUUGAUAUGUACAACAGGUUCUCGGGCUAUGAUGAAGAAGUUGAUGAGUACAUAACUGAUGUGGUCGAAGAAACCAUCCAGAACACUUAUACGAAGUACAUCCAGAUGGUCUGAGGAGUCAUCAUUGGGCUCUCAGCAGUCACUGCAGUCAUGAGUAUUCCAGACUCCAAAGAUGUUGAUAAAGCUGCGAAGUUGCAGACCUGAUACAACUCGAUUACAUUUGUAGUGAUAUUUAUGGGGCUACUCAUAUGCCUCAAGUACAAACCAAUUUAUGUGCUGUAUUUUGUACCUCUUCUGUCUGGUGGUAGCAUGUAUAUGUGCACUUUGCUGACUUUAGAAAAAGACACUUACAAACCCAGUGAAUGGCAUAUUGCUGGCGCGUGCAUUGCUCACAUUCUGCUCAUACUAGUUCCUCAUCAGUGGAAGUCCAGUUGCCUUGUGUUUUGCAUUUUGCAGUUAUAUUUUGUAUACUCAAUUUGGGCCAAGUUCAGCUUCACUGAUAGCGACAUUAUUGGAAACAUGGUUUUCUCAUGCCUGUGGUUUACAUUAUCAUCGUUCAUGCUAAUGAUCAAGUCUAGAACGAUGUACGCUGAGAUUAUCAAAAACAAAAAACUCAUACGAGAAAUGAAGAAGGUCCUCCAGAUCCUGCCGUUAGGAGUAGUCAUUUGGCCGUCCCAAGCAUCUGGCAAAUGGUUCACAAAUCAUGAAUUCAACAAGAAGUUUGCAAAAAUCAGGCAGGACCUUGACGAGCUUGACGAUAUUGAUGUGUCAUUCGUAGACAACUCUGAUGCAGCCAAAGCCUACAAAGACAUUCCAAGCAACCUUGCAUCGCUACUCAGAGCUCAGCAGCAAGCACUUGACAACAAAGACGCAAUGAGUGACACAGAUGCCACCAUUCAAUGCAGUAAGCUCUCAGCCAAUAUGCUUAACAAUGGUGAUGAUGCUGAAAGUGAACAGAGGACAUGCAAUGUCAAAACUCUGAUGGUCGAGUGGGAAGGAGCUACUUCUUAUAUGCAUGUCUUCAUUGAUAACACUGGUGUGAUCAAGCUUGAAGAAGCCAAAAACAACAUCAAGUGACAGAAGAUCAUGUUUGCUAGCGCUUCGCACGAGUUUAGGAAUCCACUGAACUCGAUCACGAACUCCAUUGACAUUGUGUUUGAUGCAUUCAAAGUAAUCAACGAGGUAGCUCAGCCGUAUUUUGCAACUCUCAGUGACGAAACUCAAGAGUUCGUCACCAUGAACACAGAAAUGCUGACCAAGUUUGUCAAGAUAGGCAAAAGCUCGUCGUUUUUAUUGCUGACUCUGAUAGAAGACAUGUUGAACCUGUCCAAGAUGGAGGCAGGUACCUUUACCAUUUCGAAAGAACACUUCAAAGUCGAAAGGAUCCUCACAGAUGUAUAUGACAUCUUUUCUAUGCAAUGUCAGCGCAAAGCACUGGCUCUUGAUCUGCAUAUCUCUGAGGCAGCCAGACAGCGAGAGAUAUAUUCAGACGAAAUGAGGCUAAAACAGGUCAUACUGAACUUGGUCUCUAACUCGUUGAAAUUUACUUUUGGUGGCGCCAUCACAAUCAGCUGCAGAUUACUUGAGUAUGACGGAGUCUGCGUUGCUGAGUUCAGCGUAAGAGACACCGGCGUUGGUAUUAGCCGUGAGCAACAGAAAUAAAUUGUUUAAGCUGUUCAGCAUGAUCACUGAAACCAAUUCUUUGAAUCCGAACGGAACUGGAAUCGGCCUCACUGUCAGCAAGAAGUACGUCGAAGCUAUGGGAGGCCAGAUAAGUCUGGAGUCAGCUGAAGGACAAGGAACCCUCGUCACAUUCACCAUCCGAGCAGACGAAGAUGUUAAACAGCCUGCAGACAUGGUUAAAGCAAUAAAGCCUGCAAAAGAAAUAUGGGACAUUCAUGAUUCAAGUGAAGAAGGUAGCAUUCCUAUUGAUCUCAUCAAAAGAAUCAAAACAGGCCGUUGCCAAGUGCCAAUUCACCAAUGUAGAGAAGAGCGUAAAGAGUAAAG